AUGCUUGAUCUCUUUCCCCUGGAGUACCGUCGCCUCCGAGGGGACCUAAUUCUUACUUAUGCCCUGUUUGAACAAAGCUUGGCAAACAGGUUUUUCACCGUUGACCCAGCAAACACACGGCGGGGACAUAGUAAGAAAAUUUUCAAGCUCAGAGCACACACAUUCAUUCGACAAAGUUUUUUCUCAUUUCGGGUAGUAGCUGCGUGGAAUGACCUUCCUCCGACGGUUGUCCACGCUCCUUCCAGAACCCAACAUUUAUUUAUGCGAAUCCUGGCAAGCAUACUGCCCCGCGCUGAGAAUAUAAAGAGCAGUGCCACACCCUUUUUUCACUUGUGCCUUUCAGGUGAACGACAGCCACUGACCGACAAGAACAAAACUGACCCGAGAAACUUGGGCGAUAGCCUCGAUCCUGUGUAUCAAUCCGUGAAUCGCGGCUUUUUGAUCGGAGACCGUUUCAAGGUCAUGUUCCUCGCGUGUUCGUUGUUCCUUGCGGUACUCCUUUCCAAGUUUCAUCAAGCUGAAUCUCAUUCGUGCGUGGAUUUCGAGAGGAACUUAUCCCAACACUUAUCAAAGGUCACGGAGUGCUUCUCCAUCCACAUAUCCCCAGUGUCACUAUGUGGGUGGUGUGUGGAACCACUGACCGAACUUCAGCUUGUACUGUCUGAUACGUCCGCCCUUACCCCUUCUGGUGAUCGAUGUUCCGAUCAGAUAGUAUAUUCCGAUAAAGUCAUGUUCCUCGCGUGUUCGUUGUUCCUUGCGGUACUCCUUUCCAAGUUUCAUCAAGCUGAAUCUCAUUCGUGCGUGGAUUUCGAGAGGAACUUAUCCCAACACUUAUCAAAGGUCACGGAGUGCUUCUCCAUCCACAUAUCCCCAGUGUCACUAUGUGGGUGGUGUGUGGAACCACUGACCGAACUUCAGCUUGUACUGUCUGAUACGUCCGCCCUUACCCCUUCUGGUGAUCGAUGUUCCGAUCAGAUAGUAUAUUCCGAUAAAGCUACCAUGGACCUCAUCCAGUUUAUCGCUGAUUUCUGGAACCGUUCGUUUUGUCCACAUUGCUUGCACAAUGACUCUUUGGCCGAAAAGGAUGAUUGGCUAGACAAGUUGAAGCGGCUAACAGAUUGGCCAACCCUCUCACCAUUGAGGUUCGCGACCAGCCACCGUAACACUGAUAUGACUGCGUACAACCUCGCUGUUUACAACAACGAAACCGCCAGAUUCUUUGAGUUGUUGAAUGUAACCCUCGACUGCUUCACACAGUACAUUGGUAACCUGAGUGGAUCUAUUCUUGAUACCCUGUCAUUCCCGGAUGUUCACUAUCUCAAAGUUGACCGUUCCGCAUGUCUUGAUUGUUACGCCGUCUACCACGAACUUCUUGACAUGUAUAACGAAAAAUUAGCGCGACUAAAUGUGGAGCAUGGUGGUUUCGAAGUGGUUGACUACAACAAAUAUACAAAUUAUCGUUUUGCCGUCUGCUCCGACAUCCAGUACGCACUGAAUCGUACCCAAUGGGCGUGGUCAUAUUUGAUAAGCUGUCGUGAUUCAGAAACUCAUAUUCCGCAGGUUUUACUCCCCCUUCUGGUGUGUCUAAUCGCCAUGACUGUGUUCCACGCCCUGUCGUACACCGUUUGCCGCCGUCCUAUCCAUAUGCUGAUUUAUCGGCCAGUGCGAGUAGAACCCCGGUUACGAUCCAGUGUCACUUGUCCGCACAUAAACACACCGACUCAACGAGGACGGUUGUCAUGCGUGACGUCUUACGGAAGUUUAGCUUCUACGUCACUCCAACAAAACGGCUCUACUGAAUUUUUCGUGCGUUCCAACAUCCCGCUGAAUACAGGACAACCUUCCGUUGCAUCGUAAUAACCUCUUCUGUCCUCGAAAUAUUGUCACAAAGUCAAGAAGACAACUGUAUGAUACAUGUAUUUUCCAUAAUGAUGCAAUUUUUUCACCGCCUUUCACUGACUCAUUCUCCAUUGCUCGGUAAGUUUCCAAGCAAACUAGUUACCGUUCCCUCAAUCUGCAUAAUUUUCUCUUCGAUAUUCUGAAGUGUUACAAUGUGAUUGGUCAAGGGAAAUAAUUAAGCAAUCGGGUUUUUCCUCACAGAGAAACUUUCAAAAGAAUCCGAUUUUCCGAAAAGGAUAUUUUUAUUAUUUACUUUGUCAAUCAUUUUGACAAUACCAUCUUGAAAUUGUCUUAAUACCUCAUUUACCUGUAAUUCCGAGUGUCAGAAUGAGGUGUAGAACGCUUUCGCAUUACUUACAAGAUUUGUUAGCUCCCGAAAGCUUUCCGCCUCUCCAGCUCCUCCCCCCACCGUUGUGUUGCUCACCUUCUCUCCGUCAGACAUGAUUUGCAAUGCUGAUUUGGAUCAAUAAAUCGAGGGUUUAAACCUUGUUCUCUUAUCACGUGUCAUCAUUGUUGACUUUGGACGCAUCAACCCUCGAUGUCACCUCGUAGGCUAUCCUCACGUGAGGAUGGCCUUUUUUACUUUUUAGGCUAUCCUCACGCAUGAUACGCUUUUUGAAAACAAAACGCUCAGUGUUCGGAGA